GUCUUAUCGUGUUCAAAUGAAAAUAGUAGUAUUAUUUGCGUGUCUGCUGGCACUUGUGCUAGCUGAAGAAGGCACUCCGAAAUGCACACCGUCGGUGACCACAGCAAGUGGAACAAGAGCGCCAACUGGAACUAUCUGUUCAGGAGAUCUUAUUUUCGAGGAUAACUUUAACUUUCUUGAUUUUGAAAAAUGGGAGCAUGAAAGCACCCUUGCUGGCGGUGGUAAUUGGGAAUUCCAAUGGUAUACAAACCAUCGAUCCAACUCCUAUUGUGAGAAUGGCAUCUUCUACAUACGUCCUACCUUGCUGGCUGAUGAUACAGGAGAAGCGUUUCUGACCAGUGGUACACUAAACAUUCACGGAGGUCAGCCAGCUGAUCAAUGCACUGCCCCAUUCUUCUGGGGUUGCGAACGAGCUGGUACUGCCACAAACCCGAUCAACCCAAUCAAGAGUGCUCGUGUCCGCACGGUCGAAUCAUUCAAUUUCAAAUACGGUCGUUUGGAAAUAAGGGCGAAGAUGCCAACUGGUGACUGGUUGUGGCCAGCUUUAUGGCUCCUGCCCAAACGUCAGGUUUAUGGCUCAUGGCCGGCUUCCGGUGAAAUCGAUCUAACUGAGUCUCGUGGAAAUCUUGAUUACAGAGAUGCAAAUGGAAUUCAUAUAGGUGUUGAGCAGGUCGGGUCUACACUGCACUUUGGACCCAAUCCGGACAUGAACGGAUAUAUAACAACAGUGAGCCACAUAAACAGUGCCGGUGGACAGGGUUUCAACGUUGGAUUCCACCUGUAUCAAUUGGAAUGGACCACCGAUCAUAUUACAUUUAGUGUUGACAAUCAAGUUCUUCGACGUAUUGAUGCCGGAAGCGGAUUUUGGGAUAGAGGAGGCUUCGUCACACAUUCACCUGCGUCAGAGAAUCCUUGGAUGCACGCAACUGUCAUGGCACCGUUCGAUCAAGAAUUCUACAUUAUCAUGAACCUAGCGGUCGGUGGCACUAAUGGCUUCUUCCCAGAUGUUCCACCAGCGACUAAUGGUGCCCGUGGGAAACCUUGGAUAAAUCUCUCAAGUACCGCAGGUCGUGACUUUUGGAACGGUAGAGGAUACUGGGCUCCGACGUGGCAAAUGGGAGUAAAUAGAGGCAAAGAUUCUUCGCUGCAAGUGGAUUAUGUAAGGGUAUGGGCAUUGUAAAUAGAUAGCAAACUGAUUCAUGCAAAA